AUGAUCGAGAGGAUCAAGGAAGAAUGCCCUGACAUCGAUAUUUUCGACGAGUGUUUUCUCAUCUGCCGCGUCGAUUACCUUCAAUGCAGAGCGGAAUGUAACAGCGCGCUUUGCGAAACAGAUUGUUCCACCAAAUUCGGAGGCUGUGAAAACUCGAUCUGCUCGAUUGAUGAAUGUGAAGAAGCGGAAAUAGAGAAUGAUGACUUCAUUCAAUGCCGAGAAGAGGCCCUCGCAGCUCAAGCAAGCUGCAUCCGAUCCUGCCCGCCCGAGCAAGAUUGCUUUGAAAUUUGCAAUCAAAAAUUUUUGGAGAACCUGAAUAUUUGUCCAUGCGUUCAGGAAAAAACAACUACAACAGCAAUAACUACAACAGUCUCAACAUCCGCCAAGCGUCUUCUGGUAAUGGGACGAGAACUGAGCCAAGCUUUCUCAAUUUCUUUCGAUGGAACGGAGAAAACAGCAGCAAUCAUAACAGCACCUGAUAACAACUUUAUUGAUGGGGGUCCUUUCGCACUUGUUAAAGGGAACUUAUACAUUUUUGGUGGUUAUUUUGACGAUCGACAAGUAAUGUAA